AUGAAACCGUCCGCGACCGACCCUACGCCUGCCUCAAAAGGCUCUUCUGCUGUGCACGUCGAGCAAACAUCGCCUCACGUUGCCGCAGAGAAGCCAUGGCAAUAUCUUGCCAAGUACCCCAAGGUGUUGAUAUACGCCGUCCUCAUUAACAUUGGGCCUCUGCUCUUUGGAUAUGACAUGGUCAUCAUUGGCGCCGUGUCAUCCCUUCCAAGGUUCAAGAUGGACUUCGGCGAGCCAUUCGCUCCCGGUAAAUGGGUCAUACCAGCUCUCUGGAUUGCCCUCUGGAACAGCUUCCUCCAACUCGGCGCUGGCACUGGCUCAAUCUUGUCAGGCACAUUCCAAGACCGCUUUGGUAGACGAGCUACUGUGUUCCUAGGAGGUCUGCUUGGUUGUAUUGGCGCCGCUGUGUCGUAUACCUCGUCAAUGCCAGAUACUAUGCUUAACCGUCGUAUCUCUUUUAUGAUGGCCAAGUACGUGUUAGGUGCUUCUUGCGGCUUUCUCAUGUCUUCUUGCCAAACUUGGAUAUCCGAAACGACUCCCAGGCAACUUCGCGGUGUCUUCCUCGGCUUUUAUGGCUUCAACGUGGCCUUCGGUCAUUUACUCGCCAUCGCUGUCGUCUUUGGCCUAUCUGCAGGUAUCGACCCUCGAUCUUACAUGAUUCCGUUUGCCAGUCAAUGGGCAUUCGGUGGCUGGGCAAUGGUAGUCGCAUUCAUCCUACCUGAAAGCCCUGUCUGGCUAGCAAGUCGAGGCCAGAUCGACAAAGCACAAAAGUCGGUUGAGAGGCUUGGCACACAGGAUAUGCUACCACAAAUCCUUCGGAUUCUGGAGGCUGAACAAAGUGAGAAUGAAGUUCAUGAGGGCUCACCCUCCUACCGUGAAUGCUUUCAGGGUAUCAAUCGGCGUCGGACACUACUUGUCAUGUUCCUCACCAGUAUACAACAGUGCGUCGGCAUGUCCCUCAUUGCCAAUGCUGCAUACUUUCUCACUAUGGCUGGUAUGUCAUCACGUUACUCUCUGAUGGUCAAUCUUAUUGGCAUCUCUUCGACCAUGCUCGCAAACAUGAUUUCAUGGUAUACAAUCCCACGUUAUGGCCGAAGAAGAAUGAUUCUUAUCAGCAAUCUCGCCGACAAUGGUGCUUGGCUGGCCAUGGGUAUUGCCGGUUGCUUCACGACUGAUGCUGCUAAAUGGAUGGUCGGCACAUCUGGCGUUGCUUUUACCUAUCAAUCGCUUUCGAUGUGGGCUUUUAAUUUCUUUACUCCAUACAUGUACAAUACCGAUCAGCUGAACUGGGGAGGUAAAAUUGGUUUCUUCUUUUUUGGUCUGGGUACCCUCUCUCUUGUCGUUGGCUGGUUCGCUAUUCCCGAGCCCAAGGGUAGGACCUUUUCAGACAUUGACCAUCUCUUCGAGACUGGUGUCAAGCAUCGCAUGCUUCACAAGACCGAUCUGAGAGGUGGAGAAGGAGACAAGGGUGAUGAUGACAAACCGAAAGAGUUCUAA